CCCCAUCCCUGAAAAUAGGCCUACAGAGAGGCACUCCACCAUUCCGGUGAAGGCUGCCCACACCGCCAACCACCCUAUCCUCAAGAACGCGCUUUGGAAGGGGUCGGUUGCUCCUGAGAUUCUUGCUUUGUGCAACGAGGCGAGUCGUGGCAUCCGCGUCUCGACGAUGCUGCCUGUGCGUUUCUCUACCCUUGAUGAAGACGGCAAGGACGUAUUCGACGACCACAUUGUUCUGUGGAUCUCCGUUCAUCCUGGCAGCGCCAAGAGACCAGCUGCCGUGAUGCCAACGCCCCCAUCCUCGACUCGACAUCUUCGCCAAAUACGACAUCCACGACGUCGCAGUCUACUGGAUCGAGGGCGCCAUGGAGUCGCUCGCUGGUCCUCCUGAGAUGAUGCCGGUCACCAGAGACACCAACCCGACUCAUUGGCUCCGUCGAGCUCUCACAGCCGCCCUGGGCGUCCCCCUCGCUGCGCAGGACAUGGCGGACACUGACUCGCAGGGCUCACUCGGUCUCUACUUCCACCGUGGUAAGGACCGACAGGGAAAUAAGAGCAAGGACGUCUUGGCGUUUACCAACAAGCAUGUCGUGUCCAAGAAGACCAACGAGGACUACAAGUACAGUGGCCGCCAAGGUGAACGUAAGCAGUACAUCCGUAACUGUGGUCAUCGUCGCUUUGAGAGGCUCCUCAACGAGGCUCGUGCCCUGCUUGCUGAGAAGCUCGGUGACGCCAAGUUGUUCGCCGAGCAGCUUGCGGAGCUGGUGGCGGAUCCACCUGAGGAGGAGGAUGCGGAUUACAACAGGGACUUGAAGGAUAAGGAGCAGCAGUUGCAGAAAGCGGAGUCGGACGUUGGUAUCCUCGAUGACUUCCUCAAGCUCCUCAAGUCCACCUGGAGCGAUGCCUUCGAUCGUAUCAUCGCCUGGAUCGACUGGGCACCCAAGAUCGCCAAUGACGCCGACCCCCGCCGCUACUCUCGCGAUAUAGGUGUCAUGACGCUCGAGCGGGACAAGUUCGUCAAGAACUUCAAAGGAAAUGUCGUCUACCUUGCUGGCAAGUUCACCCGCGCCGAGAUCAACACUUGCUUCUACCCCAACGCCGCCAACCCCCCCGUAUUCCAGUACCCAAAGGACCAUCUCCUCAGGCUCUCGGGUGUCGUCGACGCCGCAGCCCUCUCGAACCCCGUUGCCAAGGAAAGGCAGGCGACUGACCUUACCUUUGGUCGCCAGUCCGAGCUCGAGGCUUACACCUGUAGGGAUCUCGAAGGCUCGUCCUGGGAGGUCGCAGUCCUCAACUGGGGGGGCAACAAACACGGUAAUUUCUCGGCUAAGGGGGAUUCUAGCUCAGCUAUCUUCAACGCGGAGGGGAAGCUGGUCGCUCUCUUGCACUCCGGAAUGCCCCGUGGCAUGUCCAACCAUGUCACCUUCGGAGCCCCUGGUCACUAUGUCAUGGAGCUCGUCUUGGAGGAGUACCCCGAUGCCGAUUUCGCCCGCUUGAAGUUCGAAGAAGACGAGGCCACUGCCGCCUAAAGCCUCCAAGUCGGUUUUUUUUUUUUCGUUGUUUCCGCCUCCAUCAUCACUGUCUUUUCUCCUCGACUUUUUUUUCUAUCCUAUGAUCGUUGGUUUCAAACGCGUGUCUUUUCACGGUCGUUGCGCUGCAAACAUCUACGACGAUUCCGCACGCUUCGGUUUUGUGCACGAAGGUGUCGAAUGAUAUCAUCUUUGCUAGGGCAUACAGGCACACUUAUCACCCGUCCCGUGAGACGCCUUUCCAUCUCAGCCUGAAUAUGGGGUCUCCCAGUCACCGAUGUUCGCGUGCCCGGGGACUUCUCGAGGAUCUGUUUCAACGGAUUAAAGAUUGACCCGAUGGACCGCUGCAUAUUCAUCUAGGGCGUCAUUGCAUGUAGGGAUGGGGAGAAAUCGCAAGCGGAGUGGUGCACCCACAUGUAUCGGCACGGCCACACUAAUAUCAGCAUUUGUUUAUAACAGCUCUGCGGAACAGGGGGAGAGUCAUCGUGAGCCUAUAGAAGGCAGAUGAGUGGGCAAAUGGUAGACCAUGUUACCUGGCUCCAAAUGGAAGUGCAAGACCACCACAUUAGAGAGAUUUUGGAUCUCCCUUGCUACUGCCCUUCAAAGCGAGAAGGAAACAUGCUGUUGUUA